GUCUAUUCGUUACAGGAAGUGCAUGUUUAUUUUCGUUUAAUAUAUCCCCACUGAGAAAAGCGUGUGAAGGCCUAGCAGUCGUCCUGCCUUACCCUGUGUGAGAAAUGGAUGCCACUCAAAUGAUCAGUGACUCAAUCUUGGAGGAUGAGGAGGAAGAUAAAGAGGAGAAUGAAAACAAGAGGGGACGACCAUUGGCUAAACUGUGCAUCUUAAAAAAUGAACACAUCCCUGAGAACGAGUUGCCCCUCUUUUUGGGUGAUAAUGUGUUGGGCCGUGACCCCAACACCUGCACCCUGCCCUUGCCAGCACCCUCAAUAUCCAAGCAGCAUGCCACCAUCUGCAUCUCUGUAUACAAGAGGAGAGGUCGUUACAGUGGAGUGGACAUAGAGGCUUUGAUUUGGGACCUAGGUAGCAUGAAUGGGACCCGCAAGGGCCACUUAAAGCUGACUCCUAAUGUGCGCUAUGCCCUCAGCGAACAGGACACUUUGGUGGUGGCAGACAUCCCGUGUCAGUAUGUCAGCUGCACUACAGACACAGUCUCUUCUCAAGAGGAUAUGAUGACUCCUGUGAGCAGAAAUUCAGGGGUAAAUGCCAGGCUGCCAGAUCCCUCGGGAGAAAAGGGAGGUGACCCAAGCACAGGCAUCAAGAAAUGUGUCAAUGGGGGUUCAAAGGCUAGGGUGUCAUUACCUAAUCAGGAGGACACAGGGAAGACUCCUGUCAGAACAAGUUGCCUGUCCUUUGAGAAAACUCCAACCCAGCCAGAGGGGACCCUGGUCCCAGAAUCUGACUCGGACUCAGACACAGAAAGAGGAGACAGAAGGCGCAAGGCUCUAGUCACCGAUUCUGACUCCCAUAAAUCAGGUCCCACCUGUUCAACAUUCCUGAGUCCCACAAACAAAAUCGUCCCUGAAAGUGAGGAUGAAAGUCCCAUCACACCGUGCUCCUCCACUAAAAAUAGGCCUUACAGACAUGUCAGCUUCAGUAAGGAGGAGCCUGAUGUAGAGGUGGUGCAACAGCAGCUAAAGAACAAAAAGACACUUGAAAUUGUGGACGACAGUGAAGAGGAGGAAGAAAGAGCAGCGCUGGGAGGAGGAAAGUCUGAGGAAAGUGGACAACAUGUGUCAGGGAAACAGGAAAGCAAUGUCAGUCCAACUGGAGAAGAUGACUUGCCCGUAUCUUCACCAGCAGUCUGCACAGAUGCGAUCCCUGCAUUUGACAUGGACAGUGACACUGAUAUGGAGGGAGAGGAGGAGAGGGGGGCAUCUGCGUUCCCAGUGAACUUGAAUACAAACCAACAAGCUGAUCAGCCACCAAACACAGCCCAGUUUCAAAUGGACAGUGAUACAGAUGUCGAUGAGGAUGCCUUACACGAAGUUCCCAAAUCUGUGCCUUCCUCCGCUGACCACACUAAACUUACUCAGCCAGAAGGCAUCACUAUGGACAGCGAUACAGAUGUGGAUGAUGAUGAUGCUGUGUCAGACGCAGCUAUUAAAGCAAAACCAACGCCACUUCAAAGCACGCACGCAGCUGACUCUUCGCUUUCUACGCAGCAGAACGAUUUACACCUGGACAGUGACACAGAUGUUGAUGAGGAAGAAGAAGAAAAGCAAAGUGGAACAAAUAAUGCGUGCCCUAAAAUAGAUGAAACUCCCACUAGAUUAGAUAUCAAGCCAACUGGGACUGAAUCCGCCCCUGCUGCGUCUCACAGCCUGCAUCUAGACAGUGACACAGAUGAUGAAGCUAUUCCUCUCCCUGCCAUCGGUGAUCUCUCGGUGGUGUCAGCUGUCACAGAGUCCGUCACCACUGCAGAUGCAGGAGCUGAUUUGGGUGUUCUGUCCGACAGUGACACAGAUGUGGAUGACGAUUCUCCUCUGGUCAUACCUGUUAAUGUCUCAACGUUGUCUCUCGAUCCUGGUACCUCGACGGAUUCUAAUGCAGACACAGAUGUUGAUGAAUCCAGCGUGCCCCCUGCUGGGGACGGGGUCAAUCCAGCCGACCUCAGAGUGGACAGUGACACAGAUGUGGAAGAUCUGGAGGUUGAUUUUGGAGAGGCAGGUGAGAAUCAGAUUCCCAGCCUGCGCAGAGAAAACACCCCUGGGUUGCUGGUUCCCCUUCAGCAGAACUGCUCUACUCCUGUUCAGGGGUCAGAAGGAGGACUGGAGGAGAUGGAGACUCAGGGUUUCCUGAUUCCCUCAUCAGGUCCAUUUAUAGGUGCCAGACCUAUAGCAUUAUCUCCCUGCUCAGCCAGCCUGGAGGAUGAUUCGUGUUUUGUGGCUGAGACCCAGUCCUUCAUUCUUCAGACCAGAGACUGCCAAGGCAACCCUCCAGAGGACCCCAUCCAGUCAUCUGGUGUUGAAAAAGGCAAACAGUCCAUUAGAGGAGGGUCUUUCCAGCUUGGAUUGUCUGACAGCAGCCACCUGGAGGGUCAGGCCCAAGCUCUGGCCAUGGAGAACACCCAAGCUUUUGUCCCUGUGGCCGGGGGUAUGAAUCUGGAAGAUACCCAAGCAUAUGCAGACAGAACUUCCUCACCGAAUGAUUUAAAUCGGCAGGCCGACAGAGAGGAUGAGGAACCUGCCAGAUGUUCAGAAAUAUCGGCAAAAGAAGGCCGGGUAGAUUUUGACCUGGAAGCAACACAGGCAUAUAUUUCAGAGCCCUACAGUGAUUCAGAGGAUGAAACCGAUGAAGAUGAGAGAAAAAAAACUGCUUCUGCUGAGACUCAGCCUUUUGACCUUCCCACCUCAUCUACUCUUGCCAUGGCUGAAACCCUACCAUUUGCCUUUGAGGAGGAGGAGAGGAGGAAGGAAGAGUGUUUGGAUAAGGAAAAUCCUAUUUCCUCCGUACUAGAAGUUAAGUCCAGCCCACAGCAUGUAGCAGAAGAGAGAGAGAAACAUGUGGAGGCAGCUCAGCCUCAGAAGAGGCACCUCAGUGAUGCUCUUUCUGUGGCUGAAACUCAGCCCAUGCAUGUAAGUGAGGAUGAGGAAAGUGAUGAUGAGGACUUGAUUCCACGAAAAAGAAAAGCAAAGCCACUGCAGCUUGAAGAUGAGCAGUCACAAACGCUCACAAACUCUGAGUUAUCGCUUGUUGAAACCCAGCCAACGCACAUUGGUGUGGCUGAAACUCAGCCCAUAGCUGCAAGUGGAAGUGAGGAAAGCGAUGAUGAGGACUCAAUUACAGCUCCGCGAAAAAGAAAAGCAAAGCAGCUGCGGCUGGAAGACGAGCAGACACAAACACUCACAAACUCCGAGCUCUCUACUGCUGCAACUCAGCCAAUGGAGACAGGUGAAGAUGGAGAAAGUGAUGAAGAGGACUUCAUUCCAAGUCCACGAAAAAGGAGAGCAAAACCAUUGCAACCUGAGGAGGAGUCACAGCCGCUUGCUGGUCCUGGAGGUUCUGUUUUUGAAACUCAGCCGAUGGGUACAUGUGCAGAGGACAAAAGUGAUGAGGAGGUCUCAACUCCAGGUCCUAGAAAAAGAAACGCAAAGGCACUGCAACUUGAAGAAGAGGAGACACAGCCCCUGUCUAUUUCUGAAGUCUCUGCUGUUGAAACCCAGCCCAUGGUCGCGGGUGAAGACGGAGAAAGUGAUGAUGAGGAGUCAAUUCAAGGUCCACGGAAAAGAAGAGCAAAGGCAAAGCCAAUUCAAGAAGAGGACACACAACCGCUCACAAGUUCUGAGGCCUCCAUUGUAGAAACUAAAACUGCCCUGCAGCCUCGGAGGGGAAAAGGGAGAGAAACUGAAGCUGGAACCAGUGGUACGUCUGUUGGAGGAAGAAGAUUGACAAGGACAAGAUUAAGAGAAGAAGAAGAAGAGGAGGAGGAGCAGGCGGAGUGUUCUGAACCUCCAAAGAGACAGACAAGAGGGAAGAUGAACGCUUUGCCAACUACUAGAGGAAGGAGAGGAAAACCAAGGCCUGAUGAGGAGGAGAGUGAGGAAGAGGAGGAGGUAGAGAAGGCUAAACGAGCUAGAGGGAAAAGAUAUACGAGGCAAAGGAAAGAUAGCGAGGAAGAGGAGGAAAUGCUUGAAACAGAAAGAAACAAGCACCCUGAAAAUAAUAACCUAUUAAAGGAACAAGAAGAAGGGAGAAAAGAACAAGACAAAUUAGAAAGGGAAAGAAAAGAGAAAGAAGAGCAAGAAAGAGUGCAGGCUGAAAAUGCAGAAAGGUUAAAACUUGAGCAAGAGAGAGCAGAAAAAGAGAGAAUAGAGAGGGAGAAAAGUGAAGAGGAUGAAAAGAAAAGAGCUGACACGGCACAGAAGGAAAAAGAAGAACAUUUGGAGAGGGAACGAAAGGAGAAGGAAGAAAAAGAAAGAUUAGAGCGUGAAAGGGCAGAAAGAAAAGAGAAGGAGAGGCUAGAAAAGGAAAGAGAGAAGGAAGAAAGAGAGCGAUUAGGGCUUGAAAAGGCCAAAAGAGAAGAGGAGAGAAUAGAAAAGGAAAGAGAGAAGGAAGAAAGGGUGAGAUUAGAGCAUGAAAAGGCAGAAAGAGAAGAGAAGGAGAGAGUAGAAAAGGAAAGGGAGAGAUUCAAGCGUAAAAAGGCAGAAAGAGAAGAGAAGGAGAGAGAAGCGAAAGAGAGAACAGAAAAGGAAAGAAAGGAUGAGGAGGAGGAAAAAGAGAGAUUAAAGACAGCAGAGAGGGAACGAGAAGAGGGACUUGAGAAGGAGAGGAAGGAACAAGAACACCAGGCGAGACUGGAGAGAGAUGCAAAGGAAAGGGAGGAAGGAGAAAGAUUGGAGACAGAAAAACAGGCCAAAGAAAAACAAACCAAAGGGCAAGAAGAAAAUGAACCCAAAACAUCCGCAAGAGGUCAAAGAGCGGCCAGAAGAACAUUUGCUGCAACAGAGCCGCAGCCAGACUCCACCAUAUCAGCCAGUGACGAUGUCCCAGCAAGGAGAACCCGAUCUCGCUCCAACUCUUCCAACUCUGUCAGCUCAGAGAGGUCUGCUUCAAGUGUCAACACCCAGGGGAGCAGGGGGAGGGGCCGAGGCAGAGGAGCGAGGAGGACCAGCGGGCCACCCGAGGCAGCCAUCGCCAGAGGCAGCAGCAGUAGGAGGAGGAGUGUAGCUGCAGAGUCAACACAACAGGACAGUUAUGAUAGUUGUCCUCGGGGAGUCCUUUCAAGGUCAAACUCCACCAACUCUGAGAUUUCCAGCUGCAGCUUGAGCUCUCAGAGCAGAGGAAGAGGAGGCAGGCAGCGAGGAAGAGGGAGGAAAACGGAGUCAGACUCCAUCCCUCCUAUGAGUAGUCAGAGUGGCCAGAAUUUGGCUCCCAAACCUACAGCCAGAGGCAGGAACAGCAGGAGAGCAGAGGAAUCCUCUUAUGAGGUUCCCCAUGAGGAUGAACUAGAGAAGGCAGACUCUCAGCAGGCUGGUACCACUAGAGGGCGACAACAAGCCAAUGCAAAUGGCUCUAAACCGGCUGCUGGAGAUAAGAAAUCCACUUCAAGUCAGGAGUGUGCCAGUGAAGAAUCACCUAUGUCUAAAAGGAAUGUCAGGGGCAGAAGCCAGAAAGCGGUAAAGAGUGAGACUGUAGAGACACCAGUAGCUCCUGGAGUCAGUGAUGGAGAGGAGCCUAAAGAGAAAAGAAAAGGAAGCAAAAGACAGUUGGAGGCCAAUGCGGAAGAGGGUUCCAGCAGUAGUUCCAAAAUAUCCAAAGGGAAGGAGAAAGCCCAAACAACAGAGGCAGAAGAAGGAGAAGCAAAAGGUGAAACAAAAGAUGAGAUUCGAGUCCAAGCUACGAGAAAAGGUAGAGCAUCCAGCGCUCAAGCUAAGAAGAACGCAAAAGACUCCCCCGCUGAAUUGGAGGGGAAAGAAGAGAGUGAGGAAACGGAGGAGGGGACAAUUGUGAGGAGAGGCAGAGGUCGGCCAUCAGCGGUCCACAAACUGAAGAAAGAGAAGCAGGAAGAAGGUGGAACAUCUGUUGACCAGGAUCCACAUGUGGAGGCAUCACAGCCCCAGACUCCAACUAGCAGUGGAUCCCGGAAGCGACAGGCUCUUGCCGAUUCCUCGCCUGUGGCAAAGACCCCUCGCUCCUCCUCUGCUUCCCCGUCAGCCGGCGGUCAAUUAAGAGCUGUCAGACAGAGCUACAAGGUGCUGUUCACAGGUGUGGUGGAUGAAGAAGGGGAGAGAGUGUUGGCUCGGUUGGGAGGCAGCAUGGCUAAAGGAGUGGCAGACAUGAACUGUCUGGUGACUGAUAAGGUGCGCAGGACAGUCAAGUUCCUGUGUGCGGUGGCUAAAGGAGUCCCCAUCGUCACCACACACUGGCUGGAUAAGAGUGGUAAGGCUGGGAGCUUCCUGUCUCCUAAUGCGUUUGUUGUGAAGGAUCCAGAGCAGGAAAAGAAGUUCAAUUUCUGCUUGCAGGAGUCUCUGAAGAUUGCCAGCAGUCAGCUGCUGUUACAGGGCUAUGGGAUCCAUGUUACAAAGUCUGUGAAACCAGAGCCAGUUCACAUGAAAGACAUAAUCUCCAGCAGUGGAGCUACCUUCCUACCUAAGAUGCCCUCUUCUCACAAGCCUCAGACUGUCGUGAUUGCCUGUGAGGAGGACUGGCCGCUCUGUGGCCCGGCUCUCUCUGCAUCGCUCCCAGUCGUCACAGCUGAGUUCAUUCUGACAGGGAUCCUUCAGCAGAAACUUGACCUUCAGAAACACAAACUCUCUGCCCCUGCAAAUACUCUACUGCCUGCAGGAGGCAGGGGAAGAAGCAGGAAGAAGACUUAGCACCGCCAGGAAAUAUGCCAAAGUGGGUUUAUUUCCAUUGGACAUAGAUUCCCUUUCAAAUCAGAGACUUGUAGAAACACUAGUGAGUCAGCUGUCUGUAUAAAUGAUUUAAAUAAUGUGUUGUACAUUUUGUGGAGGUAACAACAUUUUACAUUGUCAGAUCGUGUACAGCAUCCUGUUUUUCAAGAGAGCGAUGGAAGAAACAUCAUUUAGGAAACUCGACAAAUGGCUGUCCAGUUUUUAUGUUUCAAAAAACUGCUCUCCGUGGAGUCCGUUCUUACAAUUGUACCUUUUGCCUUCCAAAUGUGAAAAAAAAAAUGUAGGUUUUAAAGUUGCAAAAGCUAUCAGCGAUGCUGCUGCUGCCCGGGUGGGAAGUAAUUAACCAUCAACCGUACUUGUUACAUUUCACCUGUAUCCUCCCCUCUCCUUUUACGAUAACGAGCAGGAAUUAACACUGCUACAGUGAAAUGCUGCUACUCUCCAUGUGUGCUAAGUGCUUCAGCUCAAUCAGCCAGUUUGGCAGGUAACCAGCCAUGAAGUGGGAGUUGUAUCAUGUUUGGGUGGUGGAAUAGUAGAACUGAUGGGAGUGAGGGAGGGUCAGUUUUGAAAUACAUCAGCCCAGUGGAUGAAAAAAGCAAAAGCUUGUUUCUGGUCCUGAUAAGAGCAUAGUGCCUUUUUAUAAUGAGGUAAUCAUGAACCUACCAGUGUGUCUUUUUCCUCUUACUCCAUUAACCACCACCACCUAGUCCAUUAAGGCUUCGUCCGAUCCUGUUACGUCCAGGGGUGAGACACGCUGUAUAGGCACCUGAAUGCUGAUGCUGCUUCUACAUCAACAUCUUACAGCUGUACAAUUAUCUGCUAUGUGUUUUAUGUAUACAUGUCGUUACAUCAAAAACGACAUGUAUACAGACCUCACAUGUGGUUUCUUUCCUGGCCCACCUUGAAUGUUUGAACUUGCUGUAUCAUUUGGUGUUUUAAAGUCGGACUCACUAGCUUGUAACUAAGUUAGAUUUUUUGAACUAUAAAAUAUCUCAAUUACAAGUUUGUAUUUAUAUCAAACCAAGAAAACUGUUUAUUUCCAAUGAAAACAUUAAA